AGUGUUUUGUUUUUCAAAUAAGUGGCAAUGAGAUUGAAGUAAUUUUCUCUGUGACGACCUGUUGAUAAAACCAUAGGAUGGCGUCUCCAGGGUAGCAUAAUGCUUGAGAAGUGGUUGCAUUGAAUGACAGACAGAUGUCGUGUGUUUUUCGUUCUCUCCCGCUCUCAAAAUCCAGCAAAUGCACGUCUAGUUGUGCAUUGGUGUGUGUUUCCACAGCAUUCGAGCCACCGUAGUGACGAUUAAUAUACGCUAGCGUGCGGACGUAUCUUGACAGUGUAGUUUAUUCUCCAGCCAAACAUUGUUACCCCUGCAGUGUAUCGUGGACAAAGUUGUUUCCAACAAGUGCAAUUCUCCCCCCGUCGGGAUAAACAACCCAACACCAUUGUUUACUCGUUAAAUGUUGAUGCUGGGUUUAAAUUAGUUCAAUUAUGCGUACUGACGCGACGCCCGUGUGCCACAGUAGUCGUGCUACUCGUCCCGGUCUCCGGGAGUGCAAAACGACUAUCGUGAUUUCAAUUAGUGCCCCAGGAAGUCGAUGAGGGAGUCUGGUGAACAACAACUGGUGAACCAUCGUUUGGAAAAACUUCCUGAUUGAGAAGCAAUGGCUGAGGAUCGUACAGCAGCCCAGGGGAUCAUCCCCCAACCAUCGGUUGGACACGCUUCACCACCACCACCGGCACCAUCCUCGGGCACUCUGAGCUCACCUCCACGUGGUCCACGAACUCUGUUACUGAGACGCAGCGAAAAUGGCUUUGGAUUUACCCUACGUCACUUCAUCGUAUAUCCGCCCGAGUCCUGUUGCAUGUUGCCGGGACACGAGCGGACGAAGAUCGACGAGCCCAUGGACACCAUCUUCGUGAAACAAGUGCGUGGUAAUUCACCAGCUGCUGAAGCGGGUUUGCGUACUGGUGAUAGAGUUGUAUCUGUGGACGGUGUACCGACUAGAGGGGAACAGUACGCCAGUGUUGUACAGAGGAUACAACAAGCGGGACCUUGGCUGAGAUUGCUCGUUGUUGCCAAGGAGGACGAUAUUUUGCAAAGGUACUUCGGUGAAACAGCUCACAAUCCGGAGACAAACCAGCGUCCAGGUCGUUUCCGUUCCCCGGAGCGAGUACUCCAGAAGCAACGAAGAUCGAUGAGCAUGAUUCCAGGCCCCUCACCGCGUUCUCGCCAGUCCUGGGUGUGUUCGCCCCCGGGCUCGGAGAAUCAGGGAACAGGUGCUUAUCGUUCCCAAGAGGCCUUCAAAGAUCAGCCAGCUGUGAAGAUGACGUCAGUGCCGAAUGUGCAACGUCGCCCCCUGACAGAGGCACGAAAUCAGGAUUACCGUCAGGACGAUCGCUCCCAACGUCGCUCCCUCCAGCAGGACGACACCUAUCGUAAUCCAGAGAGUCGUUUUGACCUGUACGAUCGAACGCGUCCAGAGUCGAUCUACUCUCGCCCCAGCAGCGAGCAGAUCUACGACAGGAUCAAGGACCCCAUCUACGAAAGAGUCCGACCAGACCUGACUGGUACCUUCAGCAAAUCCUUGGAUCACCAGUACCCAGUGUCCAGAGCUGAGCCACAAGUGCCAAUUUAUCGGCCGGGCAGAAGAGUCGUGACACGAAGGGCUAGUGAGGGCAGUGGCCCCCCAACCGAUCACGAGGUCUCAAAUGAAUCCUCUCGACUUAGUAUAGACUCCAGGCGGGACUCAUCACCAGCCAGUAAAGACAGCAGUCUCUCCUCGUAUGACUCGAAUUCCACGUUAACUGGAAACGAGUGCUCAGACGACUCUGUCAUAAUGACGAGACUCAGGAAGAGCUUCGAGCAGAAGGAAGAGUUCCUCAGGCGACCGAGUCAUCCCAUUGGCUGGCUGUUGCCGGAUGAGGCCUCCAGGUUAAAUCAGAAUCAGAAUCAGAAUCAGGGGGUGCAGAGGGAGUUUUAUGCGAGACCUCAGAAACUCCAGAGGCAAGUGUGGCCACCCAACGAGCAGAGCGAUCUGAAUGCUAAUAAAGGGGGAAUUAAAAAUGGUAAACCUGGUAAUCAAAAUGUCCAGAGGGUCAGGGAUAUCGAGGGCGAGGGAGAGGAGAGGGAGAGUAGGGAGGGCAGAGAGAAUGGAGUGGUUGAGGAUGCUCAGGCCAUCAGGGACAGGUUUUAUUCGUCCCUCUGUGAUGCUAAUGGACAAUUCGUCAAGGAGAAUCAUUUCUCGUUUGGCAAGGGUGACAAGGGGAACAACAAGUGCUUUGUGACGACUCUCUCCAGGAUACAUGAGAAUGUGGGACAAGGACAGGAUGUCAGGAAUGGCACCUCCUCUUUACCCUCUUCUCCUGGACCUGACAAAAAGCAGGAGAAGUUCCCUGUACCUCAGGGAUUGCAAAUUGUGUCGAGAAGGGCUAAACAGUUCGAGUCGGGAAGACUUCUCAGUGAUGAUGAUGAACCCACCAGCGAUCGUACCAAUCUUUAUAAGAGUGAAUUGUCCAGGCUUUCUAAUAAGAGGAGUGUACCUAAUGUCGCUGUUAGGAAGAGAGAGUUCGAGUCCAAGGCUGAGGGGGUUGAGGGCAGGAGGGCGAAUCAUCGGGAGAGCAAGUCACUCGAUUCAGAAAAAAAAUAUCUAGGCAGAGGAUUAUCGGGGAAUCGAAUAAUUCCCGUAGGCAGCAAAUACAUCCACUGCGAGCCUCCGUCCUCCUAUUCACAGUUUCCAGAUGAGCAAGGUGUGGAGAUGGAACCGGUUAGACUGCGAGCGAGAAGCAAUAGUGCUGAAUCCUGGGAGGCUGUGAACGGUGGAACGACCCGACGAGGCGUCAGGCAUACCUGGCAGAAUGAGCCAGAGGAUCUGGAGACUGAGGCACGAAACAGCAAAGCAAAGAGACAGGACAGCUAUCUUCAGGCUGUUAGAAGUCAGCUCGAGAGAGAGCCACAGGACAAGGGGCGAGAGGAUGAGAGGCAGAUAACUGACAUGUCAAGUGCUCCACUAUUUUCAACAACGAUCCUGGAUAAUGUAACGAGUGGUGAGGGUCAAGUGACUCUGCCCAGUGUUACAAUUAGUCCACCCCAGCCAGUACGGCCCAAUCAGCUUUCCAUUCCAAAUCCACUGCGUCCUUUAGAUUCAUCGGAAGAGCUCAACAACGAUCACCAAACAAAUGGGCUUCUAGCUCCAGGCAGUAAUGCAACGAAUGGGGUGGUGCUGAGGCGACAGAAAAACACUCAAAUCAGCGAUGAGGAUCGUGCGACGAGACGAGUCUCUUAUCUCAAAGCCACCUGGGGCGAGCGGAUGCAUGUGGACAGUGACCUAGAACUCAGCGAUUCUGAACCAGUCACCCAAGCCAUCAGAAGUGCGCACAAACGAUGGAGACCGCCACUAUUUCCCAGUGACAUAACGCCACUGCUUCGUAUCUUCGAGGACGUAACGUCGGCUUCGUCGCACCGUCAUAAUCAUCGCAAUAGCAUUCAGAGUUCACACGGCAGCUCCAUACCCAAGGACGUGGAGCCAAUUGAGCGCGAGGGUUCACUCCACGUCAAGUUCACCGUUCUGGAUGGCAAGAGAUCGACGGACAGAUCCUGGAAGCAGGUGUGGGGUGUCCUGCGAGGCCCAAUUCUCCAUUUUUAUAAGGACCGCCACAGUCAGAGUCCGUCAGCAACGAGCGACGGCGAUGCUGGUCAGAACGUUGACGUCAGGUGUUCCCUCGUUGACGUUGCUGAUGAUUACACGAAACGGAAGCAUGUAUUGCGCGUUGCAAAUCCCACGGCGGAAGUUCUACUGCAGACUGAGGAUGCCGCUUCCAUGGCAUUGUGGUUGAGGGCUCUGCACAAACACGCAGCAGCUGAAAAACCAUCGGAUGCAAAUACAAGUACAUCCAAGCAACAGGCAGUGCCCCAGACCCCAGGCCCAACGACUCCAAGUGCUGGACAGGGUGGACAGAGGCUGAGUCCCCUGCCAAGUCACAAGGGAAUAAGAAAGCUAACGUCUUUUCGAAAUCGAUCGCCAACUGGUCAAUCACCAGUGAAUAAAACGAGAAAACCGAGUCAAACGGUGGAUCCACUGCCAUCGCCAAAAUCAAAAACUUGGAAGGGUAGAGUUGCCAAGCAGUUGAGACGUAUGCAUGGACAGGCUGGCUCGCCAUCAUCGCCCACAGCCCAACUGCCACCCGAGGGUGCAACUUUUAAAGUACCAUUGGAACUUUGCCCAGUCUCGUCGUUCUCCGAGUUUGUUCCCCUGAUUGUCGAGAUGUGCACUAGUAUCGUCGAGGCGAGGGGACUGGAGGUCAUUGGUAUCUACCGAGUGCCAGGAAAUACCGCAGCCAUUUCCCAGCUCACGGAGAGUGUCAACAAGGGAUUUGAGAGCAUUAAUUUGCAGGAUCCCAGGUGGAGUGAUGUCAAUGUUAUCUCAUCACUACUGAAAUCCUUCUUUCGCCAGCUACCUGAUUCCCUUCUGACUGCUGAUCUCUAUCCAAUGUUCAUUGAUGCUGAUAAAAUUGAGGAUCCACAGAGGCGCAUGACUACGAUACGAAAACUCCUCAGGGAUCUGCCUGAGCAUCACUUUGAGACACUCAAGUAUCUCAUGUUUCAUUUGAAACGAGUUGUUGAACACAGUGAGAUUAAUAAAAUGGAGGCGAAAAAUUUGGCCAUUGUUUUUGGGCCCACUCUCGUCAGGGCCAGCGGCUCCAGGGAUAAUAUGGUUACUAUGGUCACUGAUAUGUCGCAUCAAUGCAGGAUUGUUGAGAGCUUAUUGAACAAUGUCGAUUGGUUCUUCUGUGAAGAAGACUUAGACGACUUGAGCAGAUUAAGCGUUAACCUGAGUCUCCCAGCGGAUGGAAGCGAAGUCGAAGCAUCCAACAAUCACAGUUUGUUGUUGAAUAAUAUCCAAAAAGUUGAAGGCAUGCGUGAAAUGGUCUCAGCUAAGGAUAUUGUAUCUUCAAUAAUAUCCGCAGCUAACAGGAAAAUCCAGAGACGAAGGAAGGGACACGAAGAGCACGAGAGUGAAGAGCACGAAGAGGAGAAGACAAAGACGAAAUCAGAGCCAGAGCCCCUGGUGCGUCAGAGUAUGGCCCUGAACGAGCGUCAGUGCAGUGUAAGUGAAAUAGUGAUGAUGCAUGAGACAAAGAGUCAGUCGAAUCACACACCAGAUCGACAGGAUCGAAAUAACCUGGUAAACAGUGCAAACUCGAGUCCCCUGAACGGUACGAUAUCAAGUCGCUCUCAGCAGCAAUUCUCGACGACAUCUUCGAGCUUAGACUCACCGAGACUGCCUGAAGUGAGCUCAGGUAGCCUUGACACUGUAUCAACGAUAUCUAAUGCCUCCAACGAGACGAAACAGAGUGGAAAUGACGAGGUAAUCAGGACGUACGCAGGACUGAGUGCCACCACUCAGGAGAGAAUCAGGCGAUUUGAGCAGGAGACCAAAGCCAUGCUGCAACGGGAUCAGUACAGGCAUCGAAAAGAGGCUGAGAAGAGGGAGGGUGACAGGAGGAGAAUCGAGAUGGAGUGGCAAUUGGCAAAACGAGAGAUGGAGAAUGAUGAUAUACUCGAUGGUAUGGUCGAGUCAACGGUAUCUUCUCCUUAUCUCGCUGAUCGCCUUGCUAAUUUGAGUGACAGACUGGCCGAGAGGAGUGGCGAUAGUGAUAGGGGCAGGUCAAAAUCCAGCACCAGGUUAACACCAAUGUCCAUUGCUGUACAGCAACAGCCCAGUGCCAAUCAGAAGGCGCAUGCCAGCUCACAGUUGAGCAGUAUUAUUGGGGAAAAGAUUAAUAACGGAGUUGUUAAAAAAUUUAAAACUGAUAAGGAGCCUUCGAUGGAGUCCCUGGUGCCGACGAGAUACGGCAGUUUGGACUCUCUCCACGAGGUCCACAUGUCCCACACAUCACCAUCACCAUCUCACCACACUCGGGGAAUCCCCGGCGACAUCUCCGAUGACGGGAGCGAUUUACUGACCAGCCUCACGUCGACGUUCGAUCGUAAAUGGAAGUCGCUUGUUAAUCCCUCGAGUCUCGUGGUGGCAUCGAGUGAGUGCACCAGUGGAGAAACAUCAGCUGUGGAGAAGAAGAGUAAUCGAGAGAAGGUGGAUCGUCAGGAUUCGAGGACAACCGAGGUAUACAGAGAUCCAAGUCUUCACAGGAGUGUUGGGGAGAAGGGACAUCUCAUGCGUGCGAGAAGUGAUCCACAAGAGAAACUCCAGAGUUCCCCCCUCCUGAAGCCCUCGGAGAAACCAAAACGUGAGCCCCCAACCCCGAACAACGACUUGAACUUGCGUCAUGCAGUGGACACGAGUACAGCCGGAACGGAUUCCUCGGACGGUGGAUCUCUGCUGGACGCCACCGAGAAGGACGAGCAUCCAAAAAUGGAAACACCGAAGACGAAGCAUCUGGAGAUAAAAGACGAAGUGCCUGGACCCCCCAGUGAUUCAAACCAGCCCCAGGAGACGGAGAGAAAAUCCCUGGACUCCUCGUACUCGAACAAACUCCAGAAGUUCGAGAGUCUCAGUCAGGCGACCAACGAGUCGAGAUCACGGCUGAAGAGGUCAGAGUCCCUGAACAAGAGGACUGAGACUGCCUCGUCGAAAUUAAAACGUUCAGAGAGCCUGAAUAAGCACUCUGACAGGCUUGCAUCACCGACUAAUGGAAAGCUCAAGCGUUCAGAAAGCCUGAACAAGCAUGCCGAGCGCUCAGAGUCUCCCAACACCAAAUUAAAACGCUCAGAAUCCCUGACGAAGACGGAAAAAACUGAGUGCAACAUCAGCAAGAGGAGGCAGUCAGUGAGAAAGGAGAGUGCAACGAAAUUGAAACGAAAAAAUGGUAUGCCCGAGAGAUCAAUAAAGAGGCGUCACACUGUAGGGGGUACGAAAGACUUUGACAAAGUCCACUGGCUCGACAAUAAACUCCAGUCGGAGAAUGAAAAGGUCAUUAAGACCGACAGCAAACCGAAGAAAAGCCAAUUGAGAACUAGUUCACCUGAUUUGAGCAGCAACAGGGUUAAUGUAGCUGAUACCAGCUUUCUCAUUGAAGUAUCUUUUCGUGGACCCAGCAAUGUUGUGUUCAAUGUAACCAACGCACGACCACAAUCUCUGCCAGAUGCAAAUCUAGCAUCGAAAGUGUUUAAAGUACCUCUUGAGAGUCAUGUGUAAUUCAUUGUGGGAGGUGAAAUUUUAUUGGAUUAUUCGUUUGGGACUAAUCAUUCAAUCAUAUCUCAAUCAAUAUCAAGCUUUCCAGGUAUAGAGAGAUGUAUUUAUUAAAUCGUCUAUUAUCGAGGGUGAAAGAGAGCCAAGUGCUCACUCGUGAAAGUUAUGAAUCAUUACCAAAUUAUUUUUGGUAUAAUGUUUUCAACGUGUCAAUUAUAUACACAUCAUUUACUUGUGAAUUGUCAAUGUGCAAUUUAUCAUACCUGGUUUCAUUUCUCUUUUACAAUCAUUUCUUGGUGUAAAUAUAGAGUAAUUUUUUUCAGCAAUUCAGUGGAUUAUUUGUCGGUUAUAAUGUUUUUUUAAUGAUUUUACAAGUGUAGGGAAUUUUAAUGAUUGUGGUAGGUUUUUUAGGGGUAAGUUGUGGAUUCCCAUUGCCUUUUAAUGUUCAAAUGGAGAAGAAUUUUGGUGGUGAGUGCAAUUGGAGGUGGAUCCGUGAAAAAUUGUAAAUAAUCGUGUAAAAUUGUCGAAUAAUUGGAGGUGAAUUUGUGAGAGGCUCGACAUCAUUUUCCGCAAUUCGAUAUUUCUGUUAUUUUCACCGGUGAAAAUAUUAUGAGAGAAACGAUGUGAUAAAUUCGUAACGUGUGAGAAGUAACGAGUUUCGGGUUAUCAGAUGAUUCUUCUGAUAUCGUUAAUGGUGCGAUUCCAUUGAAAAGUCGUUAAUUAUUGAUUAGUAUUGAUGGAGGAUUGACGGAACUGGAGCAAUCGUAAUUGAGAGAAUAAAGUAUAUAUUUUUAAGGAAUAAUUGUAAUGACCGAUCAUCGAAAAAUUGCGACCAAUGUAUGAUAAUUCCUCGACUCAUUAAUUUAGAUAGAUUGAGAGCAUCUCGAAGAUUAAUAAGAUGUAAUGAACCCUGAGAUAUCCUUUUGUCUUGCCAAAUUUUAUGAGAAUAAAAGUGAAAUUUAAGGAUUUAAAGUUUUUACUGUAAUUAUCUCGCUGUACGGAAGAAUAAUGUAUUCUGUCUUCAUUUUUUUUUUGAUAAAUUGAAAAAUUGUAAAUAAUGAAUUUAAGUCUUACUACGAUCAAAUCAUUGUAAUGAGGCUAUUUAUUUGAUUAUUAAUUAUGGUACAUGAAAUAUUAAUUGUGAUUGUAUUAUUUAUUCACCGCAGCUUAUGCCUGUUAUCCUGAAUUUAUCAUGUACACGUUGGACGGAAAAUAUUACGUUUGUAAAUAAAUAUCUUACUAUGAACAGAUUAA